AUGAAUUUUGUCAUCUUUCAGAUGUCACAGUAUAAUGAUAUUGCUGGAAGCGAUGAUGUUAUUUCGCUUAAUUUUGAAACUCAAGAAACACUCACUGAACAUUCAGAUCGAACUAAACAAUCGACAAAUCGUAUUGAUAAAAAUACACCUGUGAAAGGUUAUCGGAAUGUUUUAUGUUUAGAUCAAGCAAAAGAAAAUAAAAAACCAAUUGUGCAGGUGAACGAUGAAGAAAUCGAUGGCAUGCAAACAGAUGCUCAACGACCGGCCUCUGCAGUUGAUACACAGAAUAAUCUAUUUAUGAUUCGACAAACAUUAACUGAUGAAAGUAGAGGUGAUACAUCACAGAUCAACGAAGAGAAAUCAACACCAACGGCAAAAUCAGAUGCAAAUGUAUCUGUACUUGAUACAUCAACUGUAGUAAAUAAUCUACAUCUUUAUAUUUCACCAUCAACGAGUCUUCUUGAAACAACGAAUGACGAUGUGCAACCGAAUCCUGCGAAUAUUUCGGGAGUCGAUAUUGAAGAAAAAAAUGCCAAUGAUGUUGUGCCACUUAUAGAAUUAAACGAUAAGCCAAAAAAUGAACCUAUGGAUACAAGUGAUGCACAAGCUUCAUUAGGUAGUGAUGGUAUAAUAGAUUCUCAUCCUACUUCGGCACUUACCAGUCAAGCACCGGGUCCAAUAAAAGCUGCUAUAUCACCUACUUCAAAAACACUGUAUUCAUUAAGUCAACCGGCAACAAAUAAGUUCGAAAGUAUUCUCGCCAAACUAGCUACUUCACCGGGACGAAAAGUAACGCAAGUAGCACAUGGAAAUGAUAAUGAAGCAAAUAUCACAACGCGUGAAGAAGAAGAAUUAUUUAUAAAAGAAUCCAUAUCAAAAAUAGUACGUCGUUAUGCUAUUAAAAUUGAUCAACAUGGACGAACUAUGUCACGUGAACUUCUUACUGAACGUACUGUUGAAGAAAAUACAACUACUCGUAUAGAACCAUGGCCACAAGAAGAAAACAAGAAUCGUCGUUCAAUUAGUAAAACAAUUCGAAAAAAAUCAACUAAACCAGAUACACCAAAACAAAAGACAAAAACUUUAAAACCAACUUCAACUGUUACUUCUCCUAAGAUAUCAAAACCGGUUCCAGACGAUGAUGAAGAUUCUACUGAUGAUGAAGAAGAUGACGAUGAAAUGCCAACUGAUGAUGUUAGUGGUGAUGAAUUUAUACCAACAACAAAAACUUCUACUGGACAAUCAUUAACAAAAGGUUCACGAAUUUUUGCUAAAUGGGUUGAUGGCCAUUUUUAUCCUGGUGUAAUCGGAAACGUUAGUGGUGAAAAAUAUAUGAUUGAAUUUGAUGAUGGUGCCAAACGUUAUGUUAAAGGAAAUGAUAUUAUAUCUCAAAGUUAUUUAGAAGUGAAUCAAAAUGUCUUAGCACAAACGCAAGAUGGAUAUUUUGAACGUGGCAUUGUGAAAAAUAUCAUUAAAAAGAAGAAAACUGGAAAAUUAGGGUAUAUUGUUGAAAAAGAUGGAAAACAAAAAUGGUAUCCACUACGUUUCGUUUCAUUAACUCAUGAACAAGCGGAACAUAUAUCAGCAAUUGGCAACAAUACAGAAAGUGUUGUUCAAGGAAAACGUAAACGAAUGUCAACGGUACCUCAAUCACCCAAUAAAAAAACAAAAAGUUCAAUUUUUGCAUCACCCAAUAGAAGUCAACGAUCGACCUACACUCCAUCACGACCAGCAAAAUUAUUUAAUACAAUGUAUUUUCUUCUUACGGGUUUCAAUGAUUCAAUUGAUAUUCGACAUGAAGUUCAAGAUUCAAUUGAAAGUCAUGGUGGAAAAGUGAUUGAAAAAAUGCCAAGUGCUAAUCGACGUGAUAAUGUUUAUUUAAUAUCUGAUGUGGCACGUAAAACAGCGAAAUUUAUCGAUGCAAAAAAAUUUAAUACUCCUUGUGUAAAUUACAAAUGGAUUAAUAAAUCGAUUGAAAAAAGUGAAAUUCAAGAUUGGGAAUUGUAUACAUUAGUAUUACCAGAAAAAGCAAAUAAAACAAAUAAUGAUAGCGUCGACGACAACAAAGAAGAUUAG